AUGACACCACCUCCGUCCUUCGACUCUGCUGUGCUCUACAGCAAUGCAGAUAAUACGAUCUUCAUCAUCGAUACUCCCCAGUCCAUUGCACUAGCGCAAAGAUUGUCCAUGCACUCGGUCGUCCAAGACCACUCCGUGACUCGGAGAAGCCACAGGCGAACGCUGCGCUCAACAGCGCCAUUGGAGAGGCCAUAUGUAUCCACGGAGCCAAAGUCGCUCGCUGCACGGGCAAAGGUGCUCGAGAAAAUUCCCCUGAGUGAGCAGCGAUAUCAUGGCGAAUUUAUUCAGCCUGCGAUUGUGUCAGCACUCAGGGCUAUUUCGGCCGAGCGUGACGGGAGUGAGUGUCGAUGGUGUCUUCCUCGGAUACUCUGCGACGACCAGGCACAGGAGGUGCGACAACAGCAUUCGCCUACAGUAUGCUCUGACGACAGAAUUAAUAUUUUGAAUCUGAAGCGGCGUCGCAACGGAUCUUGUUACGACGGUGCAGACUCGACAGAUGUCGAGUGCCAUGACUCUACUCGGCCCAUACCGCCUGUCAUAUUGUCGUCUACGUCUCAGAAUGUCUUCCAUUCUCUCGAUGAACUGGGCGGGUGUAUGGUCAAAAACUCCUCUGCUGAGCCGUCAGUCCUUGUGCUUGAGACUUUGUCCAACACUCCCGAGUCACUCACAUAUAUCAUCCCUCCCCUAUCAUCCUUUACCAUUUGCACACUACCACUAUCGCCGCCAAAAGGUCCGGAGCCUUCUCAACAAGUUACAUCUCUGAGCCGUCCGAUUUCUACAAUACCCUCAGACCAGAAAUUCAACAUGUUGCUGUUUGACCCUCCGUGGCCGAAUCGCUCCGUCCGGCGGAGUGGCCACUACCAAAUCCAUCAUUAUUCCGAAAUGGAUAUUCUCACGCAGCGUCUACGUGAUAUUCUGCGGGUCCACUCUUACCGUGCUGAUAUUAACUCAUCGAACACCACUGAUUGCGGAGUAUCCUCGCAAAGUACGCUCUCGUUGGCAGGCAUAUGGAUCACCAAUGCAGAAAAAGCCCGCCGCGCCGCUUACGAGGCCCUCACCGACACUGGCUUCCGCGUGACAGAGGAAUGGAUCUGGAUCAAAACCACAGUUGGUGGAGAGCCAGUCUCUGCUAUUGAUGGGCUUUGGCGAAAACCAUAUGAAAUUUUGGUCAUUGGUCGCGCGGAUCAAGUAACAUCCUCCUUCGACUCGGGUCCCGCCCAAGACAGAGGCUCCGUUAAGGCGACCACAACCAAUUCGCAUGAUCUAUUGGGCAUUGAUCCGUCCACGAUUCAUAGGAGAGUCAUUGCCGCGGUCCCAGAUUUGCAUUCACGGAAACCAAACUUGAAAGAGAUUUUGGAUCGGGUGUUUUUCCCCGGGGCGGAUGGAGCUUAUCGGGGCCAGGAGUACACUGCGUUGGAGGUUUUUGCGCGGAACUUGACUGCCGGAUGGUGGUCUUGCGGGAAUGAGGUUCUGAAAUUUAAUCAGCGAGAGUUUUGGGCCGAGGAAUGCGAUUCAGAGACUAAUAGCCCGAUCAAUGCAGAGUAG